AGAUUAAAAACAUAAACAUUGAGUUCUCAAUUUCCAAAUUCUAGUGUAAAACAUUAAAAAAAUAUAUAAAAAUCUUAUUUAGAAUCAUUUAAACUGUUCUAAAUUACUGUUUGCUGUCUAUAGAAAGGCCUACUUUUUACAAUUCCAAGAAUGAGUGAACCUGGGUUCAUUGAAGUCAAUGAAAUCACAGAUAUACUUUCUUUCGUGAAAAGUAUAGAUUGGAGAGACAGUUGGCUCUAUUGGCUAUGUGCAUUCCACAUUGGCAUUACAACUUUAAGCUUCUUAAGCAGGCAUAUGGUGAACUUUCAAAUUGUAUUGUUUUUAGGACUACAAUUCAUAAAUGAGAUAGCCGCAAAUAAUUGGUACAGAUUCUCUAAACAACAAUAUUUUGAUUCCAAUGGGCUCUUCAUUAGCAUCAUUUUCUCGAGUCCCAUUCUCCUUAAUUGUCUAUUUCUUCUGGCCAGAUUUCUCCACCAAAGCUUUGAUCUGAUGACUAAAAUAAAAACUGCCCAAAUAACUGCUCAAAUCAAACGACAAAAUGAAGCGCGUAGGGAGUUGAACUGUCACGAAAAAGAUGAUUAA